AUGAAUAGAAACAGCAUCCCUGCUUGCAACGAAUCAUCUGACUCGAUUUACCUAUCUAUAACAUUAUUUAUUACAAUUUUUUCCUAUCUAUCUAUCUAUCUAUCUAUCUAUCUAUCUAUCUAUGACUUCUGUUCAUUAUCUAUCUAUCUAUCUAUCUAUCUAUCUAUCUAUCUAUCUAUGUUCAUUAUUUAUGUCCAUAUUCAUCAUCUGUUAAUAUCUAUCUAUCUCACUCUCUCUUCUGUUCAUUAUCUAUCUAUCUAUCUAUCUAUCUAUCUAUCUAUCUAUCUAUCUAUCUAUCUCAGCUACACUCUACCGGCAUUCAAGUAUCCAGAGACAUAUGCAAACGUUAACCCUCUUCCUAUUUCCGCUAUCCUACAUUUCCACUCUUUUUUUUCCCGCCAAAACACUCGAUGCAUCGGCAGCCAUGACAACGUUCGCCCAUACCACCCACAGCUUGCAAUUCUAUCAUCAGGAGCAGUAGUGCAAGCACGACCACCGCCUUUACCAGUGAUUAGAAUACCAGCUGCAGUAGCAGCCGUCUCCACCCUUUCAGAACGUGAAAAUAACGUUGGGUUGGCGACACGGACAUCAACGAACCGAAUGACAACGAUUUUUCCCCCUUUCCCUCUUCUCUCCUCUCCUCCUCCUCUCUCCCCUCCUCUCCCCCUCCUCUCUUUCUUUCUCUCUCUCGUGCACAUACACCUAAAGAAAGUGUGA